AUGCCGGAACUGGUCGCUCCGCUGCCGCCAAUGAUGAGGAACGACCAAUUGUCUACGGCGGGAUCACGCUCGGUUACGCUAAGCGGACCCGUCCUUCGUACCACUGACGCGAACUACAAGGGCCUCAAGAAGGACUUUCUUAAGGGUAAACCCAUUAAGGAGCAAAUUUCACGCAUCCGAGUCAGGCGUGUUUCGAUCACCAACUUGUUGAAUCCAGAGACCUAA